UCCUUUCUCUCUCCCAUCUCUCCCUCUCUCUGAGCUCGCAGGGAGAAAGGAUUGGGUUUCGCCGACAUUUGUUUCCGUCCUCCGACCGUAAUCCAACCAUACGACCCGGUAUCAAAGUAGAGUUGCUACGGAAAGGAACUUUUAUAGCAGCAUGCGGCAAACUACUUGGAUGGACCGUCUCAUCUUUCUUGCUUUACAUACCUGAUUUCUAUAAUUUGAUGAGCAGGGUAACACAGCAGCCACCACACCGAGGAGGAAGAGAGGAGCAACAGGCAUGAAGGCGCUGAUUCUUGUUGGAGGAUUUGGCACUCGGUUGCGUCCCUUGACGCUCAGUGUCCCCAAGCCACUGGUUGAGUUCGCAAACAAGCCCAUGAUUCUGCAUCAGAUUGAAGCUUUGAAAGAGGUUGGAGUGACAGAAGUUGUUCUUGCCAUCAACUAUCAGCCUGAGGUGAUGCUCAACUUCUUGAAGGAAUUCGAGAACAAGCUCGGUAUCAAAAUCACCUGCUCCCAAGAGACUGAGCCACUGGGAACGGCUGGGCCACUGGCUUUGGCGAGAGACAAGCUGGUAGAUGGCUCCGGCGAGCCCUUCUUCGUCCUCAACAGCGACGUCAUCAGCGAGUACCCGUUUGCCGAGCUGAUCCAGUUCCACAAUGCACAUGGUGGAGAAGCCACGAUUCUGGUGACCCAGGUGAAUGAGCCGUCCAAGUACGGCGUCGUGGUCAUGGACGAAGAAACUGGAAAGGUUGAAAGGUUCGUGGAGAAGCCUAAGGCCUUCGUCGGCAACAAGAUCAAUGCGGGCAUCUACUUGUUGAACCCCUCGGUCCUGGACCGCAUCCAACUCAGGCCCACCUCCAUCGAGAAGCAGGUCUUCCCUCAGAUCGCUGCAGACCAAAAGCUCUUCGCCAUGGUGCUCCCCGGGUUCUGGAUGGACAUCGGGCAGCCCAAGGACUACAUCACGGGCUUACGGCUCUACCUGGAUGCCCUGCGGAAGAAGUCCCCCAGCAAGCUGGCCGCCGGCUCGCACGUCGUCGGGAACGUGUUGGUGCACGAGACGGCCGUCGUCGGAGAGGGGUCCUUGAUCGGGCCGGACGUGUCGGUCGGACCGGGCUGCGUGGUAGAGGCCGGGGUGAGGCUGUCGAGGUGCACGGUGAUGCGGGGCACCCGCAUCAAGAAGCACGCGUGCGUCUCCGGCAGCAUCAUCGGCACGCAUUCCACCGUGGGUCAGUGGGCGCGGAUCGAGAACAUGACCAUCCUCGGCGAGGACGUGCACGUCGGCGACGAGAUCUACAGCAACGGAGGCGUCGUCCUCCCGCACAAGGAGAUCAAAUCCAGCAUCCUGAAGCCUGAGAUCGUGAUGUGAGCAGUAGAAUCUGUCUCUACAAGUGUAACCAAUGGUGUUUGUGUGUUCGACUUUUGUGCUGUGCGUGCGGAACUAAGUUGGCAGAUGGACUCUCGUGGAAGAAGUCAUCGCAACGGAUAUAUGUUUUACUCCUUUACAUCAAGAAGCUGUUUACAUGUGUGUGUUCUUUUU